UAUUUUGGCGUGCCGAAAGUCAUGCCGAAAUCGAAAGUCAUGCCGAAAGUCAUACCGAAAGUCGAAAGUCAUACCGAAGGUCGAAAGUCUUACCGAAAGUCGAAAGUCUUACCGAAAGUCGAAAGUCUUACCGAAACUCGAAAGUCUUACCGAAAGUCGAAACCCUUACCGAAAGUCGAAAGUCUUACCGAAAGUUGAAAGUCUUACCGAAAGUCGAAACCCUUACCGAAAGUCGAAAGUCAUACCGAAAGUCGAAAGUCCUACCGAAAGUAGAAACCCAUACCGAAAGUCUUACCGAAAGUCGAAACCCUUACCGAAAGUCGAAACCGUUACCGUAA